UGCUCUUCAUCUCCACACUGGAUGGGAACCUCCACGCUGUCAGCAAGAGCACAGGGGACAUCAAGUGGACCCUGAAGGAUGGCCAGCAUUCCUUCCAGACCCCAAUGAUGGCAGCCUGUAUAUCCUGGGAGGAAAAAACAAAGAAGGCUUGAUGAAGCUGCCAUUCACUAUCCCAGAGCUGGUGCAGUCCUCGCCGUGCCGCAGCUCGGAUGGAGUGCUCUACACUGGGAAGAAGCAGGACACCUGGUUCAUUGUGGACCCCAAGUCAGGGGAGAAGCAGACCACCCUCUCAACAGAGGCCUGGGAUGGUCUGUGCCCAACCAGCCCCUUGCUCUACAUCGGACGGACCCAGUACGUCAUCACCAUGUAUGACACCAAGUCGCGGGAGCUGCGCUGGAACGCCACCUUCUCUGAGUACUCGGCCCCACUCUGCGAGGAGUCCUACCACUACAAAAUGGCACACUUGGCCUCAAGCGGGGAUGGGCUGGUGGUGACCCUGGACAAGGAGAGCGGGGAGGUCCUGUGGGCGCAGAACUACGGCUCACCUGUGGUUGGCAUCUACCUGUGGCACCAGGACAGUCUGCGCCGCCUGCCCCACCUCAACCUGGCCAUGGAGACCCUGCGCUAUCUGACCUUCCAGUCACAGGACAUCCAUGUCCUCAAGUGGAGCUACCAGUCCGUCAAGGACUUCGCCGCCACCAAGACCCAGCUGCUGCCAGCGCUCUAUGUGGGAAAGCACGCGACCAGUUUCUAUGCCAUGACCUCCCUGGUGCACGGCAGUGUGGCGCUGGUGCCCCAGGGCAUCACGCUGGCCAGGAUCGACGGCCCCACCACGGACGACGUGACCAUGAGGGAGUCUGGGGAGUGUGAGAUCAUGCCCAGCACCAAUGUCAAGUACCCGCAGGGCAGCAUCACCUCACUUCACAACCAGUGGCUCCUCAUAGGGCACCAUGAGCUGCCUCCCGUGGUCCACACCACCAUGCUGAGAGCCUUCCCAGAGAACCUGAGGAAGACCACAGAAGCCAUCAUCCCCAGGGCUCCUCCCACCAGGACCGUGUUUGAUGAUUUCCUGGCCCCGAGCAGCCCGGAGGAGCCAGCUGUCCGCAGCGAGGGGCAGCUCCAGCCAGACCCCACAGCGGGGGAGCAGGUGGAAGUGUAUCCCGAAUCCGGCACCUGGGACCUGGUGCUGGCUGGCGUCGGCACAGCUCUGCUGGGCGGGGGAAUCCUGGCGCUGCUGCUCACAAAACUGCAGCAGCAGCAUGUGGCACAGCAGCAGCAGCUGCAGGAGCAGAUACAGCUCCUGCAGCAGCAGCAGGAGAUGCUGCGUCCGGGCCGAGUCUCCAGGGAGGGCAUCCCUGAGGAGCCCAGGGAGCUGGAGCUGAGCCAGGGAAGUGCAUCAGAGCGCUCACAGAGCUCCAGCCCCUCAGCCCACCUGAAGCACCCAGCUAAUGGGAUGGUCAGCCUGGAGCCAGCUGUCCCAGUGGCUGCUGAAGAUACAGAACCAGACCUGGUUGUAGUUGGAAAAAUUUCUUUUAACCCCAAGGAUAUGCUGGGCCAUGGAGCUGGAGGAACCUUUGUCUUCAGGGGGCAGUUCGAGGGCCGGAAUGUGGCCGUGAAGCGUCUCCUGCCUGAGUGUGUCCACCUGCUUGACCGUGAGGUCCAGCUGCUCCGGGAGUCGGAUGAGCACCCCCACGUUGUCCGCUACUUCUGCACUGAGAAGGACCGGCAGUUCCACUACAUUGCCAUCGAGCUCUGCUCCGCCACGCUGCAGGAGUACGUGGAGAGCCCCAGCUUCAACCGCCGUGGGCUGGACCCAGUGUCCGUGCUGCGUCAGACCAUGUCCGGACUGGCCCACCUCCACUCCCUCAGCAUCGUCCACCGUGACCUGAAGCCCUGUAACAUCCUCAUCUCUGUCCCGAAUCGCCACGGGCAGAUCCGCGCCGUCAUCUCUGACUUCGGCCUCUGCAAGAAGCUUCAGGGGGGACGACAGAGCUUCAGCCUCCGCUCCGGGAUCCCUGGCACUGAGGGCUGGAUCGCGCCCGAGGUGCUGCAGGAGGCCCCGAAGGAGAACCCUACCAGUGCCGUGGACAUCUUCUCAGCCGGGUGCAUCUUCUACUAUGUGGUGUCGGGGGGACAGCACCCCUUUGGGGACAGCCUGCGGCGCCAGGCCAACAUCCUGGCGGGCUCCUACCAGCUGAGCUGCCUGCAGGAGGAGGCUCACGACAAACUUGUUGCAAGGGAGCUGAUUGUGGCGAUGAUCAGCCCCGAGCCCCAACACCGGCCCUCGGCCCCUGUGGUGCUUGUGCAUCCCUUUUUCUGGAGUCAGGAGAAGCAGCUGCAGUUCUUCCAGGACGUCAGUGACCGUGUGGAGAGGGAGCCGGCUGAGGGGCCCAUCGUCUCAGCCCUGGAACUGGGGGGUCGGGCGGUGGUGAGGACCAACUGGAGGAUGCACAUCUCCCUCCCACUGCAGAUGGACCUGAGGAAGUUCCGCACCUACAAGGGCGGGUCAGUGCGUGACCUGCUGCGGGCCAUGAGGAACAAGAAGCACCACUACCAUGAGCUGCCAGCUGAUGUCCGGCUGGCCCUGGGCUCCGUCCCCGAGGGCUUCGUGCAGUACUUCACUUCCCGCUUCCCCCGGCUGCUCCUGCACACGCACAGGGCCAUGCGAGUCUGUGCCCACGAGCGCAUCUUCCACUCCUACUACUGCCAGGGGCUGAGGGGCAACGGCACCUGAGCGGGCACAGGACGCGGCCAGAGGGCACCACAGCUGCUGCGGCCUCUCCUCCCCGCCCGGGCCCGGGGUUCUCGGUGUCCUUCUGCCAGGGCCAGGGGGGGGUCCAGCAGGUGGGGGAACCAGGAGCACAGGGCAGCAGAGGUGGGCACAGGGCAGUACCGUGCCCUCACCUGGGGUUUCCUGAGGAACCCUCUGGGCACCCACCUUUGCAAACACUCACAGUCAGACUCAGGUGUGAAGGCACUUGGGCCAGAAAACAAAGACAUCUCUGGGCUGGACACAGUGCUUGGAGAAGAGAGGAAAAGACGUGUGUUUUCCCAAGGACAGCCGCAGCAAGGCCCUGGCACAGCGGUGCACUCAAGCUGGCAUCAGUCCCAGGGGGGCAUUCACCAGGGACAGGAAGCUUUGUCCUGUGUGUUCGCUCCUGUGCCAGGGGCCUUGAGCUGUGACCAGGACCAGGCCCCCAGUCUUGACACUGGAGCUGACCCCUCAGCCCCAUCGAGGGCUGUGCUCAGCCAGGCCAGGCUGAGCAGCCGCCCUGGGGCUGGGACCUGCCCGAGGGCACAGCCCCUACAAUGAAGGUGUGAAUCUCAGCUGGGCUGAGAAUAAGGGUUUCUCCCUUAGGGUCGGCAGCAGCCUGUACCUCUGCCAGGCCUGAGCCCCUGAGCAGGUGGCACAGCAGUCCAGGAGCAGUGUCUCUGGGCACAAAGGAGGGAAUUCCUUUCCCCUAGGAUCCUUCCCUCAAAGACAGGCCUAUGCUUGCAGCUCCCCCAGCCCCUCCUGCUGCCCAGGGCCGGUGACCGGUGGGUGCUCUGGUUCAUGGCAUCCGCAUGGGCAUGUGUUCCCAACGAGCCAGCCUCCAGCACCAGCUGGGUGCAUGGGCACAGAGAGCCCCACAGCAAAAUUCCGAUGUGGAACAGCAAUAAUUUUGUACAGUCUGAUUCCUUUGUGUGCUGGGGUGUGGGAUUUUGUUACACAGGUAACAGGGUUUGUACCAGCUUUCUUUUCAGAAUAUAUUUAUACAAAAUGUUACAAAAAUUAGAAAAUAAAAACUGAAAAGCUUG